AUGGCCGCUCACGAUGAUGCCACCGUGCCCGCAACGAGGCGCUCGCGCAAAUCCACGACUGGCCUCUCGCCACGAAAGGCAAUGGACAAGGAAAAUGCCACUGUCGACGUCGGCAGCACCCUGGCCGCCGGUCGCAAGAAGUCGCGAAGCAAGAGCAUGGGUCCUGGCGGACUCGACGUGUUAAAGUCGGGAAACGGGAAUAGGAGAGUUUCUCUUGCAGCCCCGUCGCGACCGCCACCGCGCUCGAUCCUGAAGCCAACAAUUCCGCUACUCCCCGAGAUCCCUCCGCACAAGUCAAAACGCUCUGGUGGCGCAUCAGAAGCAAAAACAUCGCCCAGUUCCGGCGGCGGCGGCGGCGGCGGCGACGAUACAAAUGGCACCAAGAUCGCGCUUCGUACCGAGGAGGAGCAGCAAGCAGCAGCACGCGAGCGCGAGGCCAAAGAGAGAGCAGCACUGGAGAAGGAAAUCAAUGACCGCCGGGAAGCGCGUCGCAAAUCCCUGGCUAAUCGGAGAGUCUCGUUUGCAGCCGAGGCGACUCUGCACACUUUCCACGAGGUCGAAGACAUGCUGGACUCAACUACCUCGACAGACUCUACCCGCCGUGCAUCGGCCAUAAGUGCACGCUCCCCAGCGCACAUUACACAGGAUCAUGCUGGCUCUGACGCGUCUGAGCCCCCUUCCACCCCGCCAGAGCAAGGUGAAGAGAUUGUACCAGAGUCACCAGCCAACCAACGGGACCUUCACCAGAGGAAGCACCGGCGGAGCUCCGGUGCAUCCGCACUAGACUUUGACAAUGGAGAUGAUACGAUGACCUCCACCGUCUACGAUUCGGACUCUGAGCAUGGCGAUGUGGUGGAGGAGGAGCAUAUCGACGAGGAUGAAGCCUCAGACUCGGACAGCGACUCCGAUGAAGGCGACGGCACUAUGAUGACAGUUGACGGAGAUGAGAUGACCUCCGCUUCCAUGAUGUCCGCUCGCUCUGACGCUGACUCUACUUCCGGGCUGGACGAGAAUCUUCGACUCGCGGCACAGAACGGCCGGCAGGCGCAGCCUAUUGACGAGGAUGAAGAGAUCAUCCCUGCCUUCGCUGGGUGGGGUAAGAAGAGCAACGCAUCAAGCGCUGGUCCCCGAAAGUCUGUCGGUGCUUCCCCUAGUGAGAGUAAUGGAGAGGACGACGAAAUGGACAUGGACAUGGACAUGGAUGUAGACAUGGACAUGACCAGCGCGGUUGGAGGGAUCAUCAGGUCUGCGACCCGACACGAAGCAGACGAGUCCGAGCAAGACAUCGACCAGACCCAGGACAUGUCGAUGGACGUCACUAGAGCACUCGGUGGCAUUCUUCCUCAGCAGAAGGCCCCAGUCCCUGAUGAUUCUCCGUCUGGCGAACAGACCAUGGACUUGACGACAGCUAUAGGAGGAAUCCAAAAGGGCGCCCCAAGCAACAGAGACAGUUUUGAUAGCCAGGGCAAUGAGGACAUGUCCAUGGAGCUGACGACGGUGCUCGGUGGCGUCCUCGGUGCAAACACGAACAAGGGUGCAAAGAGGCAGAACCGACGCCGUACUAUCAAGGACCUUGAGAAUGACGAUGCCACAAUGGACAUGACUGUCGCCGUGGGUAAGAUCAUCCCUACCACAAAACCCAAUGGCAACGACGAGGAAGAGGAAGCCACGAUGGGAAUGGAUAUGACCACGGCCCUUGGAGGGAUCAUGAAGCCAUCAUCUCCAGCAAGGAGGCGUUCGGCUGCCAGGAAGAUCAUGGAGGAGGAAGCCGAUCAGCCCGAUCCGGCCUCAACGACAACUUCGCUAGACAUGAAGGCAUCACCAAAACAGUGUUCACCACCCACCAAGGCUCAGGAGGACGACAACAACACUCAAGGCCUGUCGGCUUUCCGCGGCAAAGGCCUGCGAAGAAGCCUGGAUGCCAAAGGUGCCAAAUCUCCUGCAUCAGCAAAGAAGGUAUCAACUCCGAGGUCUGCCAAAACCACAACCCCUUCGAAGAUCGGAACUCCGCAACCAGACAAGCCCAAGACGCCAACAAGAGCGUCGCCACCUAGAACAAUGAUGGCUACACGGUCCAAAUCUCCGGUCUCCAAGUCCACCACGCCUCGGUCGGCGUCAAAAUCAGAUGGUCAAGGGUCGACAAUUUUCCAGCGGGAUGCUACGACUGGUCUGUCUACCCCCCGUGUUGUCUUGACCCCACAGCGGCGCCGUUUGUCUGGCCUUGGUGUAGACAGAUCAGGCCUCGGCUCACCAAAGGUCGCUGAAAUGCUUGAGCGUCGCGGUUCCAUCGGCGACACCGCAGGCGACUUCGUUGUCGGUCAAGGGCAGCCCGCUCGGAGGGCAGUGACCUUUGAGGACCCUCGUGCCAUGGAAGAAGAGCUUGACAAGGAGCGACAGGACGAGGAGGAGAAAGAAAACAGUCGCCGUAUCCUCGAGCGAGAGGCGGACGGUGAACUGGAUGGUGCCGACGCUACGCUCAACCUCAAGGAAAUGAUCCAAGGCCUCAGUCCAAAGAAGAAUCCUCUAAAGGGCCGCAAGAGCUUGCACGUUGGUAGUGCGAAGGGUGUGCUGGGCAAGCGUCCUCUCGAGCUGGACGACGAUGAGGAUGCCGAGGAAGCAGACGGUGUCAAGAGGCUUAAGGGGCACCAGGCCAGCCCAGUCAAGAAUGUGAGGCUGCAACAGCCACCAUCAAAGGCGGAAACGACGGGAAGGAAGACUCGAUCUCGAAAGAGUUUAGAGGACCCGUCGCUGAAUAACAUCACACCUAGCACAGCCCGAUCUCCUACCAAACCCUCCUCUGUCGCCAAGUCGCCAAAGCAACACGGUCGCUUCAAAAAUGUCGAUCUCGAACCGUCAACGACAAUCAACUUCGACGAGCACGCGCCCGUCAAUGUGGCUGCGAUUCAGCCUAACGAAAAUGACGAACGCAUUCACCUUCAGGACUUCCUCAACAUGACCAGCAUUCGCUUCAUGGAGCUGACGACAACCAAGCGGCGGCAUACUGUGGCGCCCUCGGCUCCGAAUGAUGGUCUUUCCAACGAGGAUAAAGACACUGCUUCCCUAGAGAGGGAGCUCAAGAAGUAUAUCCAUGAGGGCCGCUCCAUUGUCAGGGAGAUCGAGACCGAAACCUUCGAAGAGAACCCACCCUUGUUUCGUGAAUACAUGUCGGCGACUCCAGAUUUCCGGGUCUUGAUGGACAACCAGUUCAAGAACGUCAAGACUCAUGCUCGCCUCCUGAGCAAGGCGAUGUGGUACGAGUGGAGGAUGAAGCUUCAGGAAGGUCUCAGGGAAGGCCUGGUUCGAAAUGCGGAGGGCAUGGAGCGCGACGAGGAGAAUCUCCAAAAGCAACGAGACCUGCUGGAUUCUGUCAUGCCCGGGCUCUUGAAGCAACUUGAGGCCCUCGAACGCGAGCAUGGACUACUUGAGGAGGCUGCCCAGGAGCUGGCUGACUGUGACCCUGCCGACCUCGAGGGCGCUCGGGCCGAACUACUCUCUGUUGACGACGACAUCGAACAGAAGAAGAAGAUGAUUGCCGAACUACAGUCUCAACUACAGGACGCUGAAACCAACAUUUCUCGGCUGUCUGGGAAGAAGCAAAAAUGUCUCGAGGAUAUCAAGGAGGCGGACAAAGUUCGUGAGGAGUGCCGUGGAUGGAGUGUGGAGGAGAUCUCCUCAUUGAAAGCACGAGUCGAUGAUAUCGAGAAGAAGCACGGCUGGGCUGUUACGGGUUGUCAGAAUACCACCGUCUCCAUGACCUACCUGCGUGAGAUUGAGCUGGUUUUUGACGCCAGCGCCUUCCAGCCAGGCCAGCCCAAUUCGCGCAUCGACCUUUGGUACAUCGCCGACAAGCGCAACCGGGAACCGCUGCCGCUCACGCCGGAGAAGGAGUUCUUUCUCCAGUGCAUCCGCGACCGCGUGCGGGGCCUGCCCCAGUCGCAGACCAAGGUGAGCCGCCUGCUCGGCAUCGUCAGCGCCGGGUGGAAGAGGGCCCGGGCCGUCUCGGACAACGUGCACCUCCUGGGCCUGACGCAGCGGACCAAGGUGGAGAAGACGUCGGACUCGUCGAUCGCGGUCAAGAGCCUGCUGGUGCUGACCCCGCUGGCGACCAAGGUCGAGGUCGCCAUCCACCUCCACAGCCUGGAGGGCGGUGAGGGCGGCGUCGAGGUCGCGGUCGCGCCGCAGGCCAGCGUGGUCUACGGUGAGCAGUUCAACGCGGCCAAGAUGAGCGAGUUUGUCGCAACGCACAUCCCGGACCGGGUCAGGUCACGAGAGGAGCAGAAGGAGGAUGAGAGCGACUGGGGCGCGGUAGCGCUUGAGCUCCAGGAGCGGCUCCUGGCCAGAGGAAAGAAGUAG